CUCUCUCACUAUAGUUGACAGACUUUAAGUGCCAAGAUGGCAGAAGCCCACCAGGCUGUGGCAUUUCAGUUUACAGUUACUCCUGAAGGAAUUGACCUCCGUCUGAGUCAUGAAGCACUAAAACAGGUCUACCUCUCAGGGUUACGUUCAUGGAAGAAGAAAUUUGCCCGCGUAAAGAAUAGCUUUAUUACUGGUGUUUACCCUGCCAGCCCAUCAAGCUGGCUUUUUGUUGUUAUUGCUAUCAUGGGGACCUUGUAUGCCCGUGUUGACCCAUCCAUGGGAAUGAUAGAAAAGAUUAAAGAACAUCUGCCUGCAAGUAGUUAUCUGUCUCAUCAGGGCCAGAGCAUCGUAAGUGCCCUCCUAUUUUCUACAGGACUUUGGUUUGCACUUAUUAUGACCAUGAGGUUUAUUCUUAAACAACUCUUAUCCUAUCAUGGAUGGAUGUAUGAGCAACACGGAAAAAUGUCAGCCACUACCAAGUUGUGGUUGGCUUUGGUAAAGAUUUUUUCGGGCCGUAACCCUAUGCUAUACAGCUACCAAGCAGUACUGCCCCGCCUCCCUGUUCCAGGAGUUAAAGAGACAGUGCAAAGGUACUUGGACUCUGUUAGACCACUGAUGAAUGAUGAAGAGUACAAACGAAUGACCGGACUUGCAAAGGAUUUUGAAGUGAAUUUGGCUCCAAGACUGCAGUGGUAUCUGAAGCUAAAAUCCUGGUGGGCCGCUAACUAUGUGAGUGAUUGGUGGGAAGAAUAUAUUUACCUUCGUGGAAGAGGGCCCAUAAUGGUGAACAGCAAUUAUUAUGCAAUGGACUUUCUGUAUGUUACUCCUACUCCAGUUCAAGCUGCACGUGCAGCUAACACUGUACAUGCUAUCCUACUGUACCGACGCAAAGUCACUCGUGAAGAGCUGAAGCCGCUGAUGAUCCAAGAUUGUUUGCCAAUGUGCUCAGCUCAAUACGAGCACAUGUUUAACACAACUCGCAUCCCUGGAGUGGAUACAGACACUAUCCAGCACUAUGCAGACAGCAAGCACAUAGUGGUGUAUCAUAAGGGUCGCUUCUUUAGAGUCUGGGUGUACCAAGGUGGGCGCCUUCUGAAUCCUAAAGAACUAGAGCUCCAGUUCCAGAAUAUUCUCAAUGAUCCAAGCCCACCUCAACCUGGAGAGGAAAAGCUGGCUGCAUUAACUGCCGGAGAAAGGACUGCUUGGGCCAAGGCUCGCAAAACCUAUUUCAGGAGUGGAAAGAACUUACAGGCUUUGGAUCUUGUAGAACGAGCAGCUUUCUUUGUCACUUUACAAGACGAUGAGGAAGGAUUAAGGACAGAAGAUCCAGUGAAUUCUUUAGAUGCUUACGGGAAAUCCCUUCUGCAUGGGAAAUGCUACGACAGGUGGUUUGAUAAGUCCUUUACUUUUAUUGUUUUCAAGAAUGGAAAAAUAGGACUGAAUGCUGAACAUUCCUGGGCAGAUGCACCCAUUGUUGGACAUAUGUGGGAGUUUGUAUUAGCUACAGAUUGCUUUCAGCUUGGCUACAAUGAGGAAGGGAACUGUAAGGGUCAAGUGGAUUCCAAUUUGCCAGUUCCCCAAAGGCUACAAUGGGAAAUCUCUGAGGAGUGCCAAGAAGUCAUUCAGAGCUCCCUGGCUGUUGCCCAGGCCUUAGCAGAUGAUGUUGAUUUCCACACAUUUCCCUUUAAAGAGUUUGGCAAAGGCUUAAUAAAAAAGUGCAGGACCAGCCCUGAUGCCUUCAUCCAAAUAGCGCUACAACUUGCACACUACAGGGACAAGGGAAAGUUCUGUCUAACCUACGAAGCAUCCAUGACCCGACUUUUCCGAGAGGGAAGGACAGAAACUGUGCGCUCGUGUACAGUGGAAUCCUCUCAGUUUGUAAAGGCAAUGAUGAAUCCAUCUCAGACCAAUGAGGAAAGAUUGAAGCUUUUUCGACUCGCAGCUGAGAAACACCAGAUGCUUUACCGUCAUGCCAUGACUGGAGGUGGAAUUGAUCGGCAUCUUUUCUGUCUGUAUGUUGUAUCCAAGUACCUUGGGGUGGAUUCACCUUUCCUGAAAGAGGUGCUUUCUGAACCCUGGCGCCUCUCUACUAGUCAGACCCCUAUUCAGCAAGUGGAACUGUUUGACUUGGUAAACCACCCAGAGUAUGUGUCAUGUGGCGGCGGCUUUGGACCUGUGGCUGAUGAUGGUUAUGGAGUCUCCUACAUUAUCGUUGGUGAAAAUCUUAUUAAUUUCCAUAUAUCCAGCAAAUUCUCCAGCCAUGAAACAGAUUCUCACCGGUUUGGAAAGCACAUUCAAGGAGCACUGCGUGACAUUUUAGCCUUGUUUAAGCUGCACUGAUUCUCGAAUAUGCUGUCACCUCUCCAGUUCACCUAGAGUAAAGCAUCCGUGAAGUACUCCUGGAACUGGAAGCAAUACAACACGUAAACCCAAAGCAAAUACAGGGACCAUCUUGUUGUUUUCUUUAGCCUGAAAGGCACACACACACACACAAAAAAUAUGUAUAUACUGCAUGAACAGCACUGCCUCACACGAGUAAACACGCACAUACACUACUUUCAUGAAUGUAGACGUACAAUCAUAAGAGAGCAGUCAAAUACCUAGUCUCGUGCGGGGAAAAGUGUUUUACAAAAAGUCUAAAAGGAACCAUUGCCUCUAAGGCAACUGCUCUAAUACAUCUGAACACCUUGAUGUCCAACCUGCGACCCUAUAUCCCUACACCUCCCAACGUCCUUAACAGCUAAAUGCCGGCUGGAUUCUGGGAGUUGCAGUUCAGCUGCUGACGGGUCACAGAUUGGAUGACAAAUUUUCAGUCCUGUCCUGUGUCAUGUACAGAUCCUAACAGGGUGGGGCUGCAUAUUUGGUGGUCCUUUUAGUGGUGAGAGAACGAAUGUGUUCCUCUUGUGUGUUGGUGCCUUACAUAGUUCUGUGCAGUUUUUUAAGAGCUUAAUAUAUUGACGUGUUUAGUAAAGCAAUGCAAUUUUUCCAAGCAUUUGAUACUUGCCAAAUGUGAAUGAUCCCUUACGCACAUUCAUGUUUUUGCCAUUGAGAAUUUAUUUGUAAAACUGUUUUAUUUUUCUGCUGCAGUUUCUUUUGUUGGCUUCUGUAUUGCAUAGUUACCAGAGCCUAGCUGAUAGCUAAACUUGUUUAAUAUUGUUUUCAUUUAGUUGGGUGAUAUUAGUUGGAAAGUGCCAGGUUUUUGCUAGUGUUGCACUGCUGUUUUUUCCCCCCAUUGGCAGUAUCCAGUACAGUGUAAGCUACUUUUAUUGUAUUUCUGCUCUGGUUUUAAUUUGUAUCCUAAGAUAGCGUUUUAUUUUCCUAUUAUUAUUUUCCUCUUUCAGCAAUGGUUUUGGGUUCACACAAAUAUACCUAUUCCAGUAUACAGCAAUUUUUUCUUCCUCUGUGGCUUACCAUUUCUGCUCAUGGCAUAUCUGCUAGCACGCUAAUUAGACUUUGCUACAUAUUAUUUGUGCAUUAAUUGUACACAUAGCUAUGCCAAAUCCACAGCAGAGGACUGUGUGUAGAUGCAUAGACGGAUAUCUGUGAGAAUAUGCAUACUUUUGCUUUUGCGCACCCAUAUCCGUUCCACAUUGUACUUUCAGUGCAGAGACAUGGCAGUGCAGAGGGGAGCACAUUGGCUUGUCUCCGCCUGCAACAAAUAUGCAAGUGAGGAGAAGCCAAGGUGCUAUCUCUUCUGACAUUAGCCUAAGGCUACUGUGAGAUGGGGUUGAUACGCAGGCCGAAAAUAAGCUCCGUUUGGCAGUAGCCGUGAGGUGAACUACCCCUUAAAUGGGGUUUGCACCUACAUUCAAAGUGCAGUGUCUGUGUGGAUGAGGGUGCAUGUUUCCAGACUAUGCUCAGUCACAAAUUAAGCAAAAGGCUGUCACAGCAGAGCAAUUGCAUGCAGGGUAAAGGUGGCCUACAUGGACCAAAAUCAGCCAUAUAUCAUUCAAGCAGGUUUAAAAAACCAAUCAGGGUGAGGACUGCAUCAGCUCGUUGUUGCAGUUCUCGCCCCAACAGCAUGUAGUUACAGUGCUGUGAUCUGAUCAUUUGGCCUGAGGACCAAAUGAUCAAAUUGGCCCCAUAUUGCACCUCAAGAUAGACAUUUCAGAGCAAGCUUCACUCAUUUGGCGAUCUUGCCAAAUGAGCAGAUCUUCUUGUUUAUGGCCAGCAUAAGGCUAAUGUCCGAUCUCUGCUAUUUAGCGCGACUUCAGAAAACCAAAGUGAUGAGUAGGCCUUUCCACUGGCGAUUCCUAUUGUUGCUGAUGGAAAGGCAAUUUGGAGUGGUUAGUCGCCCUUGGUAGCAGAGAUCUAUCACAGGCAACUAAAUUGCUCCUUCGGACAUUAGCCUAUACCCUUGUGUGGUUUAUCUAGUAAAAAUGAAACGUGUCAGAGACACACCUUUUGUCAGGUUUUCAUGUUGCAUAAAUAAUAGAGUGCAAUAUACCACGAAACCAGUAAACAGAGUAUUCCAAUACUAAUGGUCCAUUAAUGGCUGCAAAAUGUUUCAUUUCAUUGUCGCUUUAUAUCCCCAGAGGUUUUGCCUUUGCUUUACAGCUUUUGUGCUUAAAUAAAGAUUCGUGUGUAUUCAAAUAGAUUUUGGAUUUCUGGGACUUUUGUUUAAAAUGUGGUUUAACCCCAUUUUCAUCACGGUGGAAUUUCAGAGAAAUGCUCUGUUCACUGGUUUUAUUGUGUAUUGCACUACAUUAAUUGUUUAAAAUAGUGUUUCACUCACUGGCCUAAAUGCCUAACGAUGGGGAAUGCCCCCCAAAAACAUUGCUUUUCAUUACAUAAACCACGCAAGGGGUUCGCACCCUGUCAUGAAAUUGCUCUGCUGGUCUUUUGUUAUCUUGUGACAGUUUAUUUGGUUGGUGGCCGAACCUCUGGUCCAAGCUCUGAGCUGUAUCCACUGGAGAGGCUGGGUGUGUGUGGCUACAGCCCAAACCAUGCUCAUUGAAUGGGAGAUGAUCAAAGCUAAUUUUUUAAACAUGGCUACAAUCCAGCAACAAUCUGUUCUCCACAAUACCUGCUGUACAUGCACCCUGUCUAACAAGCCACACUUUGAAGGUAGGUAUAUAUACCCUUAUGUGUAUAGUUUCUUAGAGUCCAUUAUUUUUACUAUGUCUGAAACAAACACAAAACAAAUCAUUCUAGUUUUUAUAUUUCCAUGCAGUCUGUAUAUAGGUCGUUAGGGAAGCCUUAACCUUGGCAUUUUCUGUAACAGUAUAUGCUUUAAACCAUCUGUAGUAUAUUUCCAUUUUAUAUUUACUGGUAAUAUAUGCAGGAGGAGUAUCUGUGACGGAAGAAAAGAACAUGACUUGACUUGAUGUUAGAGACCCUGGGACACAUGGGAAAAUUUAGCACAUACAGCUCUUAGUACAUUGGUUUUUCAGCUGCAAGGUGCUUGCUGGUUUCUGUAUGGAACAAAAGUUAGGCACCCCCCCUCCCCCAGUGAUUGUAUUUACUUACCUGAUACCCUGGGCCGGUGCUCCUG